AAUCAGAGUGUCUCUAAAUUAGCAUACAGGAGUGGAUAUAAACCCCCCGUACAUCAGCACGAAAUUAUUCACUCGUGAAGACUCUAACACUCAGAUUCAAAAUGCCUGAACCCGCCAAGGCUGCGCCUAAGAAGGGCUCCAAGAAAGCCGUGACGAAGACCGCUGGUAAAGGAGGAAAGAAGCGCAAGAGGACCAGGAAGGAGAGCUACGCUAUCUACGUGUAUAAAGUGUUGAAGCAGGUUCAUCCUGACACCGGUAUCUCCUCCAAGGCCAUGGGCAUCAUGAACUCGUUCGUCAACGACAUCUUCGAGCGCAUCGCCGGUGAGGCUUCUCGUCUCGCCCAUUACAACAAGCGCUCCACCAUCACCUCCAGAGAGAUCCAGACCGCCGUGAGACUACUGCUGCCCGGGGAGCUGGCUAAACACGCCGUGUCUGAGGGCACCAAGGCCGUCACCAAAUACACCAGCUCCAAGUAGAGCUCUGACGGAGAGCAACAC